GUCAAUGACUUGAAAGUACUUGCAGUGUGCGGUUGGCGUUGCGUGUAGCAACCAGUGGUAGUGGUGACGGGAUUCUACCCACUAAACUGGCUUGCUCCUCUCUCUCGCUGUUUGGUUCACCGCUCCGUGCUUCACCGCACGAGUCGGAAAGAGACAUCGGUGUCAAACGGCAGCGCUGUAGCUUCUGCUCUGAGCAGCGCUCAGACCCAGAUGAAACGGCCAACGCUGUUACCGAUCCUUCUCGCCAGCCUGGCGGCGGCGGCGGGGAAACACAGCUUCAGCUGGGAUCUGAAAGAGUUGGCGCCUAAAGAGCGUUUUGCCAUCCUGGCUCACCACAACCGUCUCAGGAGCAAAGUGCAACCUCCUGCAGCCAACAUGCAGAAAAUGGAGUGGAGUGAGAAGCUUGCCCGACUGGCACAGAUGAGGGCGAGCAGUUGCCAGAGGAGUCAGCAGGACCAGCAGAUUCAGGUGGCAGAGGAGGAAGAGAUUGGCUGGAAUUAUCACACCACUGUGGAUGCUGGAGUAUCUGUCUCAAAUGUCAUCGACCUGUGGUUCAGAGAGGCUCAGAAUUACCACUACCACACAGGGCAGUGCAAGUACAAUGCCUCUUGUCAGCAUUAUACACAGCUGGUCUGGGCCACUUCGAGCAAGGUGGGAUGUGGCAAGCACAUUUGUGUUCACGAUGAGCAAUGGACGGUGAUUGUUGUCUGUGCCUAUUCUCCAGGAGGAAACUGGGAAAUCAAUGGGAGAAUAAUCAUUCCAUAUAAAGAAGGACCUUCAUGCUCCCUCUGCACUUCCCGUAUGUCAGGCUGUUUUAAAUCCUGGGAUCACCAUGGAGGUUUGUGUGAGGUGCCAAGGAACCCAUGUCGGAUGAGCUGUAGUAAUAGAGGCCAGCUGAACGUGAGCUCAUGUCGAUGCGAGUGUCUACCAGGAUUCACUGGAAGGUAUUGCCAAGUCAGGUGCAGCCUGCAGUGUAUUCACGGCAAGUACAGAGAUGAGGAGUGCUCCUGCAUCUGUGACGUGGGAUAUGGUGGCGCGCUGUGUGGGGAAAAACUGGAAUUUCCAUUCCACACCUGUGAUAUCCAGAUCGACGGGGACUGCUUCAUGGUCUCUCCAGAAGCAGAUACUUAUUAUGGAGCCAAGAAUAAAUGUCAGGAGCGCGGUGGAAUUUUAGCACAAGUUAAAAACCAGAAAGUGCAGGAUAUCCUGGCCUUUUACCUUGGCCAGCUGGAGAACACCAAUGAGGUUACCAACCCUGACUUUGAAACACGCAACUUCUGGAUUGGCUUAACAUAUAAAACGUCGAAAGACUCAUUCCGUUGGGACACCGGGGAGACUCCCUCCUUUUAUAGCUUUGCAUUUGGGCAGCCGGAUAAUCAAGGGUUUGGAAACUGCGUUGAGUUGCAAAUUUCCAGCGCAUUUAAUUGGAAUGACCAGCGCUGCAAGACUCGUAACCGAUACAUCUGCCAAUUCCGAGAAGAGCAUGUUGCACGCUGGGAAUGAAGGAACAAGUCAGUUGUGUUUCCACAGGGGAGAAAAGAGGCCACCUUCACUUUGUUCCUGAGCUCCACUAACCACUACAGUAGUUUAGUGACUGGGAUUGUAGGUCUGGAAUUAUGCUGAAAGUCAGGUUCAUUUUGUGGUUAAUUAUUGUUCCAGCCCUCCUGAAAUUGGGCAGGUAGUAUACUUUGGAUUGUAAACUCUGCUAUAAAUGUACAAGGGGGUUUGUUUCUGAGGAAGGGAGUAUUACGUAGGAGGUCCUGGCGUUCUACUGAUUGAGAAAGCAAGGUUGUUGCGCUGCUGAGUUUAGUGAUCCCUUAGGUAGAGCAUUGUUAAAGCCAAUAUUCAUUAGAGUGCUAGCUCUCAGGAAUAUCCCCCUGCUGAAUACUGGGAUGUGGGUCACUGUCUGCAGCUUGCACAAAGCCAUCUCCUGGUUUUAGUCAUGCCCGGUUGCCAAGACACUUCCCACAGGGAAAGCAGGAGUAGAAUCUGCCAUGUUGGCAGACGGAUGCCUUUUGUUAGUCUGCCUUCGCUUGCCUGGUGGUGGAAGCCCCUCCUUGCUUUUUGUUUUGCUGAGACCAGGAUGGUGCUGAGUCCAAAAUUCUGGAGUUUGGGUCUGGGUUGGGAGGGUGGGGAGGAGGGUAAGAUUCACAUUAAAAGGUGUGUUGCAUUGUCCUUCCCCCCCCCCCCCCCGGGUGUAUGAAAAUCCAAAAUAAAAUUUGCAGAUGCUGGCAAUCUGAAAUAAAAAACAAAUGCUGGAAAUGCUCAGCCGGUCAGGCAGCACCUGGGGGGAGGGAAGCAGAGCGAGACCCCUUUCCACUGACGCUGCUUGAGCUGCUGAGUAUUCCCAGCCAUGUUUUGGGUUCUGCCUGUGUGGAAACAUUGUCCUCAACCCUUACAGCUGGAGCUGCAGCUUCAUCCACCAUACUUUGGGGAGUUAAAAGGGCAGGUGUACUCACAUUGAGAAGACUGUACCAAACCACUACUAAAUAAACUAAUGGAUUGUAUGUCAUACAGUAUGUUGUCUUUAUAGCAGUUCUCUUUAAUGAUGUUAGUAAAAUAAAAGAUGUUAAAAUCUUAUUAAAAUAACUAGUUUGGUGUUGAAAACAGCGCUGUAUGGAAAUUCACAGCAUUGCAGCCAUUUCUGUCUCCACUGAAAGCUGAACUGACUGCCUCUGACUUGUGGUGAUCGACUUAGCAAGGAACAGAACAGACCAGACCUGCCAGGAUCAAUAAGCCUUCAUGCUUUUCUGGAUCUUCCCCAGUCUCUCCGCCACCUCCCCAUGUCAUGCCUUUCUUCAGAAUGCCACAUAACUGUCUCUCAAGCUCAUCUGGUUGACACAUAACAUUUGAAAACACUGGCAAAGUGGGUCUUGCUGUGUUGUUUCUCCAAUAGAAUUAUAGGCUGCUUGCAACACAGAAUGAGGCCCUUUAGCCCUGUUCCGGUUUUCAGACUGCACAACCUAAUCUCACCUUGCAGUAUUUGAUCCAUAGCCCGACAGGUCUGUGUGCUGUUUAAAUGUGGUGAGGGUUUCUGCCUCUACCCUACAUUGAGGCAGUGAGUUCCAGUCCCUUAUCAGCCACUCGAUGAAAAACACAUUUUCUCAUCUUUCCUGUAAUUAAAAUUUUUGAUCCCUCACCUAAAGGAAAGAUGUCCUUCAGAUUUACUCUGUUUAGGUCCCUGGCCUGUCCCGUCUUUCCUCAUUGCUAAAAUUUCUGAGUUUUGGCAGCGCCUUCGUGAAUCUUCUCUCCACCCUCUGUAGUGCAAUCAUACGUCCACAUAAUGUGGUGACCGGAACUGCAUGCUGUACUCAAGCUGUGGCUUAAUCUAGAAUAACCAGCUUGCUUUUAUAUUCUGUGC